AUUAGGUACGUACAUGUAUGAUUCUAUCUUAAAUUGGCCUUGGCUUUUUUUCAAUGAGAUCGACAUGCGCUCGAGGAACCUGAUUGGAGCCGGUGAAAGGCGAGAUGGGCUCUAUUAUUUUCGUGGGAUACCUGCUCUGCAUGCUGUCACUACAACGCAAUUAUCUGAUUUUGAACUCUGGCAUCGGUGUUUGGGUCAUCCAUCUGACCGAGUUAUUAAACUUUUACCUCCUGUUUGUUCUAGUUUUUCUAAGAAAAAGUUGAAUAAUGUUUGUGAGGUGUGUCCACAAGCAAAGCAAGUGCGUGAUUCUUUUCCCCUUAGUACUAAUAAAGCAAGUCAUAUUUUGGAGGUAAUUCAGUGUGAUUUGUGGAGUCCCUAUAAAACCCCGUCCACUUGUGAUGCUGUCUAUUUCAUGACUUUGGUUGCU